AUGACUGACGUCGACAAAUUAAAUCAGGACAUUGUUAAGUGUAGUUUAAGCAUUAAAUCUUUAAUUCAGGACAUUCAAAACUGCAAUGGGCCUCUUGAAAAGUUAAAUGAACUGAAUGCCAAUGGUCGCUCUAAGUUAUCUUCCCUCAGGGAAAUGAUAGAUGACUUGGAAUCUCAUGGGAAAGAAUCAUCUGAUAGUGAUCUCUUGGAAGAGGCCAGAAACUAUAGGGAACAAUAUUAUAAUACAUUCAGCAUGUUUCGAAAAGCAAAUGUCAACUGUAUGCUAGCUAUUGAAAAAGCAAGUAAAGAAGAACUCUUCAAAAGUGAUGAGAUUAACUCUGUUAGGCAAAGGAUCAAAAAAGAUAAAGCAAAUAUGGUUAAAAUGUCCUCUAAUGUAACAGAUCAAUUGUUAUCAAUAAGUAGACAUUUAGCGGAUACCACACAGUUAAGUGCGGACACUCUUCAGACUUUAGCUAACUCCUCAAUGACAGUUACUGGGACAAGCGGUGAAUUAUUGGAAACUAAAAGUGCUAUUUCUCAAUCUGGAAAAUUACUCGACAAAUAUUCCCGUCGCCAGUUCACUGAUAAACUAAUUUUGUUGUUAGGCUUUGUAUUUUUUUUGGCCUGCGUGCUUUACAUUUUGAAAAAGAGACUACUAUAA